CAUUUAAGAGGUUAUGGUGCAAGAUAACUAGAUUUGCAUUAAAAACAUUUAUUAGUCAGGCACCCAAAACACUCAGAUCACUCAGUCAAGGACAUACAGAGAAUAUUAAACAUUUCUGCUGAAUAUCCAAGGUUGUGAAAAUGGAGUCUUUGUCAGCAGCAAACACACAAUUCUCUCUCAAUGUGUUUAAGAAGAUCAGUGAGAUAAACACAAGUGGAAAUGUCUUUUAUUCUCCUCUCUGUAUCUCCUCGGCUCUGGCCAUGGUGUCACUUGGUGCUAAAGGAAACACAAAAGAUCAGAUCUUACAGGUUCUGUGUCUUAACAAAUCUGGACCAGAUAUUGAGUCAGCUGAUCAGCAGGAGGAUCUCAUUCAUUCCAGCUACAACAAACUCAUGAGCGAGUUGAACGAACCAGGAGUCCCAUAUAUGUUGAGUCUUGCCAAUCGUCUGUAUGGAGAGAAAUCCUAUCAGUUUAUUGAUAAAUUCAUUAGUGAGACACAGAAAUACUACCAGGCUGGACUGGAGUCUGUGGACUUCAUAAAAAACUCAGAAGCUGCACGCGUUAACAUCAACAACUGGGUGGAGGAAAACACACAAGGGAAGAUCAAAGACUUGCUGGCACAGGGGAUUGUCAAUGAUUUGACUCGUUUGGUUUUGGUGAAUGCCAUCUACUUCAAGGGAAACUGGGAGAAAAAAUUCUCAAAGGAAGCCACAGUUGAACAACAGUUUAAAGUGAACAAGAAUGAAACUAAACCAGUGAAGAUGAUGAGUCAGGAAUCAGAGUUUCCUGUGACCUUCAUCCCAGAGGUGAACAGUAAGAUCCUGGAGCUGCCGUAUGUUGGGAAGAUUCUGAGUAUGUUGAUCAUCCUUCCAAAUGAGAUUGAAGACGACACCACUGGACUUCAACAGCUGGAGAAAACACUGACCUAUGAGAAGCUCAUGGAGUGGACCAAACCUGACAAGAUGAGUGUAGAUAAAAUUCAAAUAUCUCUGCCUCAAUUCAAGCUGGAAGAAACUUAUGACAUGAAGAAUCUACUGGUCAAACUGGGAAUGGUGGAUGCUUUUGAGAUGGGGAAUGCAAAUUUUUCAGGCCUGUCCCCCCAAAAUGAUCUGGUGGUGUCUGAGGUGAUUCAUAAAUCCUUUGUUGAAGUCAAUGAAGAGGGAACAGAAGCAGCAGCGGCUACUGGUGUUGUCAUGAUGCUAGAAAGCUGCAUGCUUCCACUGAUCUUCAAUGCUGAUCAUCCCUUCCUGUUCCUCAUCCGACACAAUCCCACCAACACCAUUCUGUUUUAUGGACGCUUUUGCUCUCCAUGAGCUCCUCCUGCUGGUUUGACCUUCUGAAGAGUUUCGUUUCUGAAGGUUUUCGCUGGUUUUGAAUGAUUGUACAAUUAAAGUUCUAGACUGGGGUUAUGGUCAUGAGCUGGGUACUGUAUCUUGUAUCUAAUAAAAGGUUUCAGUUUGUAAGAACACUUAAUAAAUGAAAAAGUUGUGUUUAUAUACUGAAUAUAACCAAAUGUUUGUUUCCCUAUCCUUGCAUGAAAUGCACUUCAUUACACAAUCAAGUAUAAGAGCGCCAGUGAACAAUGCUACUAAACAACUUUAAGAAUUGAACUUAACAUGACUGUGACAGAUACAGUACUUUACGUGUUAUGGCAAGUACAUCAUACUCUAGGUAGAUUCUGUAGUCCUGGUACAUAAAAGAUAUAGCAAUAACGUUGCAGAAUUGUAAUCUCAAUGUGUUUAAGAAGAUCAGUGAGAUAAACACUAGUAGAAAUGUCUUCUACGCUCCUCUCAGCAUCUCCUCGGCUCUGGCCAUACUAGGUGCUAAAGGAAACACAAAAGAUCAGAUCUUACAGGUGACGUCACAUAUCCUAAAUUUCUGCAUUUUCAUAUCAAUUUUUUCUUUGAUUAAUAGAUGAACGGUUGUGAGUGAUGGCAUAGAUAGAGGAAGAAAAUGUUGAAAUGAAAUUGAGAAUGAUAGUACGUGCUGCUGAAUUUUAAAGAUGUUUUAAUUCCAUUUCACUUCAAUAUAUUCGAAUACACUUAGAAUAUUCUCUUAAUUCUGUGUAUUUUUCUUAUGUGUGGCAUUGUGUGACUUGCACAUAAUGUCCAGAGAUUUUUGUAAGAGGGUAUUGGGUUUAUAUGCAUAUAUAAUACGUUUGUUUAUGUUGGGUUCAAUAAAUGAUCUUUAUAAUAAA